ACGAAUCCACGAAACUUAUACCAACAACCCAAAUCUAACCUGCAAACCCUAACCAAACCGCCUUCUCUUUCUCUGAUCUUCGGCUAAUCGGUUCAUCUGAUAUAUAUAUAUAUAUAAAGUCAGUAUAGAGAGAGAAAGCUCUAGAGUGAGAAACACUUUUGUGGAAGUUCUUUUUGUUCUUGCAACACUCUAUCUAGCCCUAGUCUGUGCUGCCAAUGUACAACCGGGCCCAACUGAAUCUUCAAAGCAAAACUCACAAACAUCAAGAUCUCUGUAUACCUAUCUAUGAUGCACUGUUUUACAUCUAAUUUUAACUAUUUCAAACCCUAACUUAUUGUAUUCAUUCCAUGCUCAUAAAGCUGUAUGAACUACCAUGGGAGCUGAGAAGAAAUGGCUCUUCACGCUCUUCUCCGCCACAUUCGUCUCGUUUUUGCUCUUCCUGUCUUCGAUCGCCGGCUUCAGCGCCUCCUCCGCCUUCAGCUCCCAAAAGCCCUUCACAUCCACCGUCCACCGCGGCGUCGGUUACCCUCCGGCGUUUGCAUACUACAUUUCCGGCGGCCAUGGUGACGGUGACCGAAUCUUCCGGUUGCUGCUCGCAGUGUACCACCCGCGGAACAGGUACUUGUUGCACAUCGGAAAGGAUGGUUCAGAUGAAGAGAGACGCAAAUUGGCGGCUUUGAUUAAGACGGUACCCGCAAUUCGGGCUUUCGGGAAUGUGGAUGUGGUGGGGAAGCCCGAUCCGGUGACCUACAUGGGGUCAACUCACAUUGCAGCUGUAUUGCGUGCAGCGUCUAUAUUAUUGAAGGUUGAUGAGGCUUGGGAUUGGUUCAUCACUCUAAGUGCUUUGGAUUAUCCAUUGCUCACCCAAGAUGAUUUGUCCCAUGUGUUCUCCUCUUUUAGUAGAGACAUCAAUUUCAUUGAUCACACCAGUGACCUUGGAUGGAAAGAGAAUCAAAGGGUCCAGCCAAUUGUAGUUGAUCCAGGGCUUUACUUGGCUAGGAGAACCCAGAUCUUUCAUGCUACAGAAAAGAGGCCAGUGCCUGAUGCUUUUAAAGUUUUCACAGGUUCUCCAUGGGUCAUGUUGAGCCGAUCGUUUCUAGAAUUUUGUGUUCUUGGUUGGGAUAACCUCCCCAGAACCCUUCUAAUGUACUCUAGUAAUGUAAUUUUGUCUCAAGAAGUUUAUUUCCAUUCUGUCAUUUGCAAUUCACCCGAGUUCAAGAACACAACAGUCAACAGUGAUCUGAGAUAUAUGAUCUGGGACAAUCCUCCCAAGAUGGAGCCCCUCUUCCUCAACACAUCAGAUUAUAACCAGAUGGUUCAAAGUGGAGCUGUUUUUGCCAGACAAUUUCAAAAAGAUGAUCCAGUGUUGAAGGUGGUUGAUGAAAAGAUUCUCAAGCGUGGUCAAAAUCGAGUUGUCCCAGGGGCAUGGUGCACUGGCCGGAAGAGCUGGUGGAUGGAUCCAUGCCUGCAAUGGGGUGAUGUCAAUGUUUUGAAGGCAGGGCCUCAGGCAAAGAAGUUAGAGGAAUCCAUGACAAACCUUCUUGAUGACUUGAAUUCACAAUCAAAACAGUGCAAAUAAAUCAUAGGAAUUGAAGGAAGUUUGUCUAGAAAUGUUCACAAUUUGUUUGCACCCGAAUCAUUGGCCAAUCGGAGGAUUUAACUACUUUUGGUUGCAAUACAUCCAUUGGCCAUUACAGCUAUUUUUUGUCAGGUUUCUGGUCGCAGGCGUCUUAGUUUCAUGGUGGGGGUAGAAUUGGAGGGGCAAGGUGAAUUCAUUUCGGGUUUGUUGGCUGGAUGGUGGCUCGGAUGCUGGUAUUUGUUGUCGUAGUAGAGAGCCACCGCCAAGCAGUCUUCACACAAUAAGAGGAGUCUCCCUCUCCUCUUUGUACUUCCAUCACAAUGUUGUAUGUUAUACCUCUCUUGGCUUUCCACUCUGGACUCUUCAUGUUGAGUCAUGACUUCAUUCUUUAAACUUGUACUCUAUUCUGUUCGCA